GCUAGUUACCUGCUCACCCCAGGAUGGAAAUGUGCUAUAAGUGUUUUGAAACGCUCCAGUCUGUUGAGGGGCCAAGUUGAUGAUAGUUUGGGAGUUUUCAUUAGUUAGUUUUUAUUAAUUCUCAAAGCUGGUUUGUUAGUUUUUAUUCGUUUUUUUGUGUUUUUUUCUGGAAAUGUUUGGUUAAGUUUAGUUUUAGUAUUAGUUUUUUUUGUGUAUUCGUGUGCAAAAUUAAAAAUUAGGACAAUAAGUGUGUCGGAAAAACUCAACCAAAAUAUUUUUAAAACGUUCUGAAAACAAAUAUCCGUCUCUCUCAUUUAUGAACCGAGAAGGGAGACUACUUUUGACUUGUCUUACUUUUUGUGGAUGUGGUACUAGAGCCAUUCAAGGAUUGUAACCUUUUGGCAUUCAUUUGCAUUCUACUUUAAUGCAAAAUUCCCCUGUCGUCCCCUGGGCGGUAUUCGGGAGACGCUAUCGACAUUUCAAAUAGAAUAAAAGCGCGACGAGUACCGUAGCCUAUUGGCUAAUAGCUUUCCGCCCACGAUUUCAAAACAGCGUGUUUACGUCAUCCAAAACAAACCAAUCCUGUACGAGCAACAGCGCACAGAAAUUUGCAUAGCAGAAUUAUAAAAACGACACUCAGCCAAGUCGAAUUCAGAAAUCGCUUACCUGAGCAAGUGUCACAAUGCCUGAAACAGCAGUGAAAGCCUCAAAGAAGGGCUCCAAGAAAGCCGUGGCCAAGGUCACCAAGACCGGCAGCAAGAAGAGAAGGAAGAGCAGGAGGGAGAGCUACUCCAUCUACGUGUACAAGGUGUUGAAGCAGGUCCACCCCGACACCGGCAUUUCUUCCAAGGCCAUGAGCAUCAUGAACUCGUUCGUUACCGACAUCUUCGAGCGCAUCGCCGGCGAGGCUUCCCGCCUGGCGCUUUACAACAAGCGCUCCACCAUCACCUCCAGGGAGAUCCAGACCGCCGUUCGCCUGCUUCUUCCCGGUGAGCUGGCCAAGCACGCCGUGUCCGAGGGCACCAAGGCUGUCACCAAGUACACCAGCUCCAAGUGAAGUGCUAUUCUUCAAUCUCUGCAAAAGGCCCUUUUCAGGGCCACCACAAACUUCUCAAGACUUCAUAUCCAUUAGCUUCAACAUUACUUAAUUGCCUCCCCAGAGAUUGAAGUGUCAGUUUAUUAUUUUGCGAAGUGAGAACAAUAAACGUUUAUGCAGUUGC